ACUGCAGUACAGCUGACAAAGGCUUGAAUCAAACGACGGAUCAAAUGUGGAUCACUUAUACUGUAAUAAGCUGCUGUAUACUCAUUGCCGUGCUUUUUGUCAUCGCAAUCUUGAAAAGAAAAAUGGCUGGUGCAAAAAAAGACGCAGCGCCAACAAUUCGCAUUCACGAUGAUUAUGCGACAGUUAUGACAGAAUUUGUUAUAAAGCUAAGGCGAGCUUUUGGCGCUGCGAUUACUGCUGAAAACAACGAUCCCUACCAAGAACCAAUAGACGCUGUUGUUGUGGAACGCGAAGAACCACAGUCCCUGGGAAGAAGCACUAGUACUACCGAUGAUGGUUAUGCGACAGUUCAGGAAUGUGGUAGCGUUCAAUUUACUGAUGAAAACAAAGAUCUCUACCAAGAACCAAACGAGACUGUUGUGGUGGUACACAAAGAAUCGCAGUCCCUUGCAGGAAGCACAAGUUUUACCGAUGAUGGUUAUGAUGUUUGCGUCCCAUGUGAUGUUGAAAACGUAGUUCCCUACAAAGAACAGAGAUGCUUUGGCCGUGAUCCGGCACGCGAAGAAUCACAGUCCCUGGGAAGAAGCACUAGUACUACCGAUGAUGGUUAUGCGACAGUUCAGGAAUGUGGUAGCUUUCAAUUUACUGAUGAAAACAAAGAUCUCUACCAAGAACCAAACGAGACUGUUGUGGUGGUACACAAAGAAUCGCAGUCCCUUGCAGGAAGCACAAGUUUUACCGAUGAUGGUUAUGAUGUUUGCGUCCCAUGUGAUGUUGAAAACGAAGUUUCCUACCAAGAACAAAGAUGCUUUGGCCGUGAUCCGGCACGCGAAUAUCACAGUCCCUGGGAAGAAGCACCGUUACUACCUAUGAGGGUCAGGGAUAUGGGACAGUCGAAGAGCGUUGUUUCAGGCCAAGGCGAGACAUGAGUAGUACAAAAUCCGCGUACAAAGUAACAAUCUUUCUGAGACGGGUUUCCAGUGGGCACGCCCUGCAAUGAUCAUGUAUGAUUAAGAUCUUCUCUUGAAGUAACGCACUCACUCAGUACCAUUCUCUAGUUGACAGUUACUAAAGGAGUGCGUUACUUUAAUUCAAUCCGUUGUCUGGUUACAGGAUGAUUUCGGUAGCAAAGAAUCGUAUUACGUAGCGCUUCCUGUUACAUGUCAUCCAAUAAAGCCCAGGUAACCCAUAUCAGAAAGAAAGAGUAAUGAAUUGUUAAAAUAUGAACUAUUCAGUUGACUAAGGCUCCCGCCGUAGCCGGGUUCCCUGUGCAGUUGUGUCAAAAUGAGUACCAAAAUAUAAUUGUCAGUAGAAAGGCGAGGUCUCUGCUCAUAACAUACAAUAUGGGAUAACUAAGAUUAAAUAUACUAAUAUACACUUAAUGUCUGUUCUCGAGGGAAAUACUUUUGUUUUCCUUAGAGCGUAGAUGAUUCUAAUGUCUCUACUCGAUGUCUUCGAUUACAAAUGUCACG